AUGCACGAAAAUGGUACUCACGGUUUGAGAGGCGAAAAACAACAAGAACACUUAUGCGACCGGCGCCCACAAAUCUGCAGCACUGCUCGGCCUUCCCUGCUUCAAAAUCACCACGAAUGGAAGCUGUGGAACCAUAGGAAAGUCUUAGAUCACAAGCCUAUUAAGAUGUCACUAUGCACUCAUUCCCAAAACCUGAAGUUUCCUGAACGUUUCAAAGCUUGGGUUACAUUGGUUGGUGGAAAACUGGAAACAGAAGGAAAAAGUUCAAGGGGAAUUCUUGAGGAGCUCCCAGUUGCUCCUAAUGAAGAAAAUAGUCAAUUGUCAAGAAGUUCAGGUUUGUUUCCAACAAUGACAGAGGAAAGUUUGUAUUCUUCAAAGUAUGGCAACCAAUCUCAUGAUAAAUUGCAAUCUUCCCAAAUGUCCUCUUCAGUUGACUCUCAGUACAUCCCUUAUGUAGAAGAUAUCAUCAGGGAACAUAACUAUAGUUCGUGUAGCAGAUCUAAAAGAACACACCUCCACAAGUUGCUGAUUUACCAAAAAGUUUAUGCGGCAGAUAAAUGCUAUGGAGAAUUAAGAUUAUUAAAUAAACUAACGGAGGAACACAUUGAUCCUGAAAAAAAUAAUAAAAUGAGAGUGAAAUUAGCAACACAAGUAUUCAGUCACAGUAUUGCUGUAGUUGCUGAGCACCUUACGGCGCGAGGAGAUUUGCAAGAAGAGUGUCGUCAACUGGUGAACAUAACAUUAUUAAUUGAUGAUUUAUUUGACAGUCUAAAUAUCAACACGCUAAACAUUCCCAAUGGAAAAAUUUAUAAAGGUCCGGUAAAGCGAAUUUCACCCAUCACGAGUUAUGGACUAGAGCAAGAAAAUUUUGCAUAG